CGAGUUUUGACAUGACCCAUCUCGAUGUUUAUGUGCUGUCAAAGUGAACAACAAUUUUUUUUUGUGUGUUUCGGUACGCACCGUGCCGGGAAAAGUUAUGUUUUGCAUUUAAUUUUGCGCAAUUAUACAUCCAGUGGUCGUCCAUAAUGCUUCGCAGGAUAGUGUGCACCAUUGUGCAAAGGCAAAGUGCUGCUGGUGCUGCAGCACAAUGCAUCGUGCCGGUUGCACGAAUGUCCCAGUACGGACCACACUUUAUCGAGCCGAUUGUUAGUAAAGCGAAAAUCGAAGAACUACAAUCGACGGGCGAUCUGUCGAAAAUAUCACACGUACCGAUAAAGGCCGCCCUCAACAACCAGAACUGCUCCGUUUUUUACGAUCCGUUGGUCAGUCAGUUCACAAAUUAUGUAAUGAAACAGGGCAACAAACAGCUUGCCCGGGAGCUGGUAGAGAAAGGCUUCGAAAACAUCAAGCGACUACAGCUGGAACGGUACCAUUUGUCUGAAUCGGAAGAGGAAAAGGCACAGCUGGAACUAAACCCACGGAAAUUGCUCCACCUGGCAGUGGAGAAUUGUCGCCCCCUGUUGCAGCUGACACCGAUUAAGCGUGGUGGUGUGCGGUAUCAGGUACCGGUACCGAUUACGGAGAAACGAUCAUACUUUAUCGCGAUGAAGUGGUUGCUGGAAGCUAUUCGAGAAAAGGAACGCACGGUACACUUCCCGGAAAAAAUGGCAUGGGAAAUACUGGAUGCGGCUGCCAACCAGGGAAAGGUAGUGAAGCGAAAACACGAACUACAUCGUCAGUGUGAGGCUAACCGCGCCUAUGCGCAUUACCGUUGGAGCUAAAGUGCAUUGAACUAACUAAGUCAGAUUUAAAACGAAACCAAUAAAAAAUAACUUAAACGAA